CCAAUCCUCUUGCUGUUGGCCAGGACUAGCGCUCUGCUCGUCACUGAUCUGUGGCGUUGCAGAAGCUUCGUUGCUGGGGACGCCUCUACUUGCCUCUACUGUCGACUUCCAAGGGAGCUCACUUCAGCAAAUAGUACAGCUGCCCUCUUUUUCCGGGAGGAAAAGAAAGCAGAAAGGUGCUGAAAAGCAGCAGGUGCAGCUCGUGAAUAAGUGCGCAGGGCCACCACAAAGGAGUUGCUGAUCAGAGUGACAAAAUGGUGCAGAUCUGUGAAUUCCGUAUUUCGAUGCCCUACACGCUGGAGGAAUACCAAGCCGCUCAGAGUUUUAUGGUGAUGAAGAUGCAGCAGGAGAGCUCAACUUCGGAGGAGGGAGUGGAAGUUCUUGAAAACCGGCCGUUUGAAAAUGAGGAGCUUGGGAAGGGGCAGUACACCCGAAAAAUCUACCACUUUGCAAGCAAAGUCCCUGUGUGGCUGGCGGCGGUUGCACCGGCAGCUGUGCUCCAGAUGGAGGAGGAGGCAUGGAAUGCAUACCCCCGAUGCAGGACAAUAAUCAAGUGCCCUUACUUCACUUCCUUUAGCAUCACCAUCGAAUCCAACCACGCGCCUGACCAAGGAACAUCAGAAAACUUGCUCGACUUGAACGACCAGGACCUUAGCUUGCGGGUCAUUGACCACGUAGAUAUUGCUGCCCCUGCUCCUGCGGCCGAUGCAUGGUACGUGGAAGUGGGAAAGGACGAGCCAUCCGAGUUUGUCUCGAAGAAAACCGGCAGGGGACCUCUUAAUGAAGGUUGGCAGAGAACCAGCGACCCCAUCAUGACAGCCUAUAAACUUGUGAGAGUUGACGCCCCUAUAUGGGCCAUCGGAUGGAAAUUAGAGCAGGCGGUGAUCCAGGCAGAGCGGGCCCUGUUUCUGGCGAGCCAUAAACGGUCCUUCUGCUGGAUGGACGACUGGCAUGGGCUCACCAUGGAGCAGCUGCGCAAGAUGGAAAAGAAGAACGAUCAAGAGCUCAACAAAAAACGGGGCAUCGUGGACAGCUCGCAAGACGCUGCGACCAAGUCGACGAUGAUAGAAGCCGCGAGCUUAGCCGGAAGCAAGAUCGAUCAGGAGACUGGGUUAGCAGCUGUUGACGGCAACGAUCGGAGUCAAGGAGCCCAACGUGUUGCGGUCCCUGCAUGACCAGUCAACAAAUCUGUCGCGCCCAUACUGCUUGGAAUGGACUCGAGCUAGGCACACAGAUUGCGCAGCUAUGAUUGUCGACCGUGUACACAUACUCUCUUUUAUGCAGCCAGUUGCCUCCUGCCCGCGUUUGGAAUCCAUUGAGCUUGUUUAUGACCAG